AUGGGAGGAGAACAUGGAGAGAAUCACCAGGCUUUGCUCAACGAGGGAGAGGAGGCCGAAAUGGAGAUCUUUGGCUACCAGACCGACGGGUUCCGGAGGGCCCUGUGCCUUGCCGGGUACAUCCUGUCCUGCGGAGCUCUCCUGCUCGUCUUUUACUGGAAGCCGGCGUGGGACGUGUGGGCCAACUGCGUGCCGUGCGACUUGGAGGAGGCAGACGUGGUGUUGCUCAGAUCGACGGAUGAAUUCCACACUUAUUCCCGGAAGGAGGUGACUUGGAUCUCCCUGUCCGGCCUGAACUACCUUCGUCGAGAUCCUGCUGUCGUUGCCGAUGAAAGUUCUCUUUUGAACAGGGUUGUCUGGAAACCUGAGUUGGAAGUGAGCUGCAUCCACGUGCAGAAAAUCCGCUAUGCCUGGGACCUGGUCGCCAAUUGCUUCCAGAAGGUCGGAGUCCUCGAGGAAAGCCACACCUGUGCAGAUAUUCAUGCAAAAUUUGGAUCUGGGCUGCCCCCCAAAGAGCAAGAAGUCAGGAAGCUGAUCUGUGGACCCAACACCAUCGAUGUGGAGAUCACGCCUAUUUGGAAGCUGCUUGUCAAAGAGGUCCUCAACCCGUUCUACGUCUUCCAGCUCUUCAGUGUCUGCCUGUGGCUGGCCGAAGAUUACAUUGAGUACUCGGUGGCCAUCAUCCUGAUGUCCCUCCUCUCUAUCGCUCUGACGGUCUACGACCUCAGGAAGCAAUCCGUGAAGGUGCAUCGACUGGUGCAGUCCCACAACAGCGUCCUGGUCAAGGUGUGCAGGAGAGACGCAGGUGUGCAGACGAUGGAGUCGCGCCACUUGGUCCCCGGAGACCUGCUGGUCCUGGAAGGCGGCAGGCUGAUGCUGCCCUGUGAUGCCAUCCUGGUCAGCGGCGUGUGCAUUGUGAACGAGGGCAUGCUGACGGGGGAAAGCAUUCCGGUCACCAAGACCCACCUGCCCCGAGACGACAGCCAGCAGCCCUGGCAAACGAGCUGCGAGGACGACUACCGGAGGCACGUCCUCUUCUGCGGCACCCAGGUCAUCCAGGCCAAGGGAGAGGGCAAGGAGCCCGCCAAGGCGGUGGUGCUGAGCACCGGUUUCAACACCGCGAAAGGGGACCUGGUGAGAUCAAUCCUGUACCCCAAACCCAUGAGUUUCCGGCUCUACAGGGAUGCCAUCCGGUUCCUCAUGUUCCUGGUUGGAACUGCUGGGAUCGGGAUGGUGUACACCGUGUGCGUCUUUGUGCUCAAUGGGGAAGCGGCCGGCGAGGUGGUGAAGAAGGCCCUGGACGUGAUCACCAUCGCCGUCCCUCCCGCCCUCCCCGCUGCCCUGACCACCGGGAUCAUCUACACGCAGAGGCGGCUGAAGAAGAAAGGGAUCUUCUGCAUCAGCCCCCAGAGGAUCAAUAUGUGUGGCCAGCUGAACCUCGUCUGCUUCGACAAGACUGGUACACUCACUGAGGAUGGCCUGGAUCUCUGGGAACUUGUCCUGACCGAUGGACAGAGCUUCCAGAGUGUCUGCAGCUUCUCCCCGGGGAGCUCGGUGCCCUGGGGCCCGGCCUGUGCGGCCAUGGUCACCUGCCACUCCUUGGUGCUGCUGGAGGGGAAGAUGCAGGGAGAUCCGCUGGACCUGAAGAUGUUUGAGGCGACUCACUGGGAAAUAACAGAGGAUUCCAAGGACAGGGAGGGCCACGCGGGAGAACUGGGGCAUGCCGUAGUCGUCAAACCGGGACCCAAAGCCGGCCAGGUCCCCUCGGGAGGCCUGGCCAUCCUGCGCCAGUUCCCCUUCUCUUCGGCCCUGCAGAGGAUGUCUGUUGUCGUGCAGGAGCUCGAUGGGGACCACCACGUCUUCAUGAAGGGGGCUCCGGAGAGAGUGGCCGGCUUCUGCCACCCAGAAUCAGUGCCCCCCGACUUCGCCAGCCAGCUCCAGCUCUACACGCGUCGAGGCUUCCGAGUCAUCGGGCUCACACGACGUGUGUCAGAAAUGUGAUGCGCCUGAAUCCUCUGUCCAAGGGAGGAGGUGGAAUCCGGCCUGACCUUUCUGGGCUUCCUGAUCAUGGAGAACCGCCUGAAGAGGGAGACCCGGCCGGUCCUGGAGGAGCUGACGGCCGCCCGCAUCCGGAGCGUGAUGGUCACAGGGGACAACAUCCAGACAGCCAUCACGGUCGCCAGAGAUGCUGGCAUGAUUCUGCAGGACAGCCGAGUGAUUCUGGUGGAGGCCAGCGCCCCCCAGGCGGAGCACCCCUCCGCAUCCAUCACCUGGAAGCUCCUGGAGGACAGCCGGACGGGCCAAAAGGGGGGGGUGCCCUCCUUCCCUCUCACUCUUUCGCAGGACCUCCCCACCGCCUCGGGAGGAGGGAGCAGCCAGUUCCAUUUCUGCAUGACCGGGGGCUCUUAUGAGGUCAUCACGCAGUUCUUCGGACAUUUACUCCCAAAGCUCCUCCUGAACGGGACCGUCUUUGCCAGAAUGUCUCCUGCUCAGAAAGCCAGCCUGGUGGAAGAGUUCCAGAGGAUGGAUUACUUUGUGGGCAUGUGCGGAGACGGCGCCAAUGACUGCGGGGCCCUGAAAGUGGCGCAUGCGGGGAUCUCCCUGUCGGAGCAGGAGGCCUCGGUGGCUUCGCCCUUCACCUCCAGGACCCCCAACGUGGAGUGUGUGCCUGAACUCAUCAGGCAAGGCCGGGCGGCCCUGGUGACCUCCUUCUGCAUGUUCAAGUACAUGGCCCUCUACAGCAUCAUCCAGUACCUGGGAGUCCUGCUACUCUACUGGCAACUCAACUCCUUUGGGAACUACCAGUUUCUGUUCCAGGACCUGGCCAUCACCACCCUCAUUGGAAUGACCAUGAGCCUGAACGGCGCCUCCCGCAAGCUGGUCCCCUUCCGCCCCGCGGCGCGUCUCAUCUCCCCGCCCUUGCUGCUGUCCGUGGUCCUGAACAUCCUCUUCAGCCUGGCCCUGGAGGUCUGCGGCUUCGUGCUGGUGCAGCAGCAGCUGUGGUACUCCCCCGGCGACAUGUUCAGCGCCUGCUCUCCCGGGAACACGAGUCACACACGCACAAGAGCCUUCGCUGGUCUCUCCCUGGGAGCCAACGGGACAGGAAACAGCACCGGCGGGGGGGAAGAGGAGGAAGAGAGCUACCGGAGCUACGAGAACACCACCACCUGGCUCCUCAGCACCAUCGACUGCCUCCUGGUCGCCAUGGUCUUCUCCAAGGGGAAGCCCUUCCGACAGCCCACGCGGAGGAACUAUGUGUUUGUCCUCACGUUGGUGGUGCAGCUGGCCGUCUGCCUCUUCUUGCUCUUUGCCAGCUUGGAUGAGCUCUAUGCCCGGAUGGAGCUGGUGUGCACCCCCCUGGCCUGGAGGAUCGCCCUGCUGGUCAUGCUGAUGGUCACCUUCGUCGUCUCCUUCACUGUGGAGAAACUGGUGGUCGAGAACCGGGCCCUGUGGCGGUGGCUGAAGAGGGUGCUCGGCUACCAGUCCUCCAGCGCGUACCAGAAGCUGAGGAGGGCCGUGGAGGAGGACCCGGCCUGGCCCCCCCUGGGCAAGAAGGACUUCUCCGACUCCGUGGCCCUCUCCGUGGGAUGCCGGGAAGCCUACGCCAACCCAGUCUUCGAGAGCCACGAGGAGUCCCAGUCGGGGCUUGACCCCUAAGGCCAGGCCACCACAUCCCGGCCUAACUUUCUCCUCUUACCACCAGUGGAAGGAAGGGGGACUGUGCGUGGUGACACACUGCCACGUGUGGCGUCGCCAUUGGAGAACGGGACGAGACCAGGAGGGAUCGGGGUUCCGAGCCCUGCUUGCCCUGAAGUUUACCGGGUGCCUAGAGCCAGCCCCUCUCUUUCUCAGCUUAGCCUACCUUACAGGGCUGUUGUGAGGAUAAGUCAGAGGAGGAGGAGGGGGGGAGUCAUUUAUGCUGCACUGAACUUCUUGGAAGGAAGGGCAGGGUAGGAAGGUAAUAAAUCAGCCCCCCCCCCAUGCCUCAAGUCCUGCUGCGCAGACUUGGCCUGAAGAGGGCAGCGUUUCCUUCCUGUUCCUGGCUGGAAGGGCCCGAUCCAGGGCCAAGCACUGAUGGUUGCUGCUUUCUGACCACUGAGCCUAUGACGUCUUUCCUCUGCCGUGGCACGGGGCAGGGGGAGGACAAUUAGAGGUCAUUUAUUUCUUGGAGAGGGGAAAACAACACACACACACCCCGAGACUGCCAGGCACUUGAAGACUGAGUCAGGUUCCUUGUUUCCCCCCCGUGUUGUAUCCUUGAUGCUGAGAUCUGGAACACUUGCACUAAACUGCCCCUGCGAGGAGACGAGCAGUGCAGCGGACGGCAUGUCUGUUGUGGAACAGGGGGGGGGGCUGAGUUCAAAUCCUCCCUCCGCUAAAGAAUUCGCUGGGCGACCUUUGGCCAGGCAUGAACUCUCCGCAUAACCUACCUCACAGGGUUGUUGUGAGGACAAAGAGGAGGGGGCAUUUCUGUCAAUGUGAUUUCUCGAAGGAAGAGCAGCAAAUGAAUAGACGGAUCUCUUCGGAGUCUUGCACAAAAAGAGACACUUGUAUGUAAAUAUUUUAAACAGAAUAAAUGAAGAGGUCCAAAG